GCCAGUCUCGACUUUCUUGUACUGGCGACAGACUUCAGUUUCCACUUUUGUGCCUGUUCAAUAAGCUCUCCGCCUUCACUUCACCAUCAAUCAAUCCACUGCAACAGGAACAACACCAACAAUAAACUCAAGUAAGGUAGCUCGUGCACAUCAAUCGUACUACUCAUUGAAGAUCAUCGCUUUUGCUUUUUUCUUAAUUGGCAAACAGUGUCCCUGCAGCACACGCAAACAAGGGAAGCUGAGAGGACCAUUGAUUUCUGCGACAUCAAUUUUAAAAGGGAACCGUGCAUUCCCUGGCCGUUCCAGCCUUUCCCAUCGAUCCACGCCCUCCCCUUCCUGCCUGUCCGUUCUCCAUUGAACUUUUUUCGUCCCGCCCGCGUCCACAGCACACACAGCACAGCACACGUCCACUUUCAACCUGGUGGUUCCGCUUCCUUCUACACCACAACGAACUGAAUUCCCCGUUUGCCUUUUGCGCCUCGACCACUUUUGCACCUUCGACCAACUUCCUUGGAUCGCAUUGCCCAUAUACCCACCAAGGAUUUUCCCCAAAUCCUCAACUUCCCCAAUCCUUCGCAAUCGACAACUUUACACAUCCCCAAUCAAUCAUCAAAAAUGGCCACCACUGCGAUGGACUACGAAAACGCCAACGGCGAUCGCUUCGAUGAGGACGCCCCUCGCUACGACCGCGACCGUAGUGCGUCGCCGCGUCGCGAUGAUGGCCACGACUCUUCGCGUCGUCGCUCCAUGUCUCCCAACGGCAACGACCGUGCUCCUGCCAAGGACGAGGGUCAGUCCAAGGGAGGUGAGGAGGAUGGUGCUCGCAACCCUGGCUCCAACCUUUUUGUCACCGGCAUUCACCCCAGACUGGAGGAGGCCGAGGUUACGCGCCUCUUCGAGAAGUACGGCGAGGUUGAGAAGUGCCAGAUCAUGAAGGACCCCCACACCGGCGAGUCUCGUGGCUUCGGUUUCGUCAAGAUGAUGACUCCUGAGCAGGCCAAUGCUGCCAAGGAGGGCCUGCAGGGCGAGGUUAUCGAGGGCAGAACUCUCAGCAUCGAGAUGGCUCGUCGCGCUCGUCCCCGUACCCCUACUCCUGGCAAGUACUUCGGUCCUCCCAAGAGAGGCGAAGGCCGCUUUGAUGACCGCAACGGUCGUCGCGGUGGCGGUUUCGGCGGCGGCUAUGGCGGUGGUCGUGAUGACUCUUACCGUGGCUACCGUGGCGGUGGUUACCGUGAUGACCGUGGCUACGACCGUGGCUACGACAGAGGCUAUGACCGCAGCGGCGGUUAUGGCGGCGGCGACCGUGGCUAUGAGCGCAACAGCUACCGUGAGGACCGUGGCUACGACCGCAGCUACCGUGGUGAGGACCGCGGCUAUGAUCGUCGUGAGCGUGGUGGCGCUGAUGAGGCCUAUGGUCGCGGUGGCGACCGUUACCGUGAUGAUCGUGGCGGCGAGCGCUAUGGUGGCAGCGGCCGCGGUGGUCCUGAUGAGCGCCGUGCUCCUGGUUACGACCGUGAUCGCGGCUACGACCGUCCCAGCGACCGUGAUGCCCGUCCUCCUCGCGACGCUGCCCCCGGUACCAGCAGCUACGGCGAGCCGGCUCCUCGUGAGGCUCGCGAGCCCUACGGUACCCGCUAGAAUCACGGUAUCUAGGUUCCACAAUCUGAUUAACACCAGGAGGCUCUGUCCUUCCAGCUUCAUCGGCAGCACAGUUUUCCUUUAGCUUGUUUCUUUCUUUUCGCUCUUGGCAUGGAAACAAAAUCGGAUAUCCUAAAAUUCGUCGGCUGGAGUUACGGCAGAUAUUUGGAGGGUAAUUGGCCCUGUCCCGGCGGUUCGCCUUGCACCAGAACGGCUACCUAGAUGAGCCACUUUGGAGGUUGCGACACUCGACAGACUUCACAUGGUAUGGGCAACAUGGUCGGUCAGCCGUUGGUCGACAUUGUCUAGGCCGUCACCCCUUCUUCCUCUUUCCACCUAUUUGGAUCAGACAACGAAGGGGAUGAAAGCCGCGCUUGUACGAUUAUUUUUCUUUCGCCUUCUUACGGCCAGCGGCAAUAUCGUGACGACUUGGCGCAUCCUAUCUCGACGGGUUUCUUUUACGUAGUCGGCAAGCAUGAUACCAGCGCAUCAACCUUUUUCAGCAUCUUAAUCGUGAACGCCAAUGCCUGAGACAUCAGUGGCAAACAUUCUUAACAAAAGGUGCAACCCCACCGGAGCAAAUCAAAAUUCGGCAUGUAAUCGUCCUCAGCCUCGCCGAGCUCCACCUCUCGCCUUGAACGUCUGCACUCGCCAUUGUUACAGCAUGCGACUUGACACCAUGUUUGAUCCGCUCGCGAUAAUCACCAUCAUGGCCCUUUGACAUCAAAGCACCGCAGCAUGGCAACCUGCUGGUGACGCCGAUUAAGUCCUUGUUGGACAUGGCAUUUCUUCAAGCACGAGGCUUCUCGUCCGAUGUGUUGUCAGUCAAGCCAAACACCCGUUCAAACGCUUUCAGGUACGUUUCCGGUCGCGAUGCGGCCCUUCUGCGUCUUUUUGGCUUCUAGCAGCUAUUCUCCAUAUCCCCCAUCAGUUUGUUACAUUUACUUUGCUUUGCUGGGUACUGCUGGAGCUCCGAUGAUUACAGGAAAAAGGCCGAUGGCAAGGCAUGCGUCACUCCUGUCGCUGCGAAUCGUUGAGUUGCUUGUUUGAAGAAGGAGACAUCGGUUACUUGCAACAGACACGUAGGCAACAGCAAAGGACCAUCACAGAAUCCAUUCGUCCAAGUCCAAGGGUCGUAGAAAGACCAGCGGUUUGGCAAACGUCUGGUGUUUUCCAAGACCCGGGAGACAGCCUCAGCGACUAUGCAACAUGCGAGUUACGAAACAUUGCGCUUGACCAAGGAUUGGCAACUGAUGGCUACACUUUCUUUCCAUAGCCGCUCUCUUUUUUUUUUUUGCAAGUUUACUUGAGUGAACGCUCUCCCGCUCUCUCAUUAUCAUUCUUCGGGAUACCACAUUGGUAUCUUCCGAUUUCUUUAUCUUCGUCGUAUGCCUUCUGCUAGACCUUAUACGAUGCCUUUGGCUCGACCUGGUAGCCAAGCGAAUUCCUCAUAAAUGGUGGUAAUCGCAGUCUAUACUUGGUAUCACUUAAAAGAUCUUUGAAGCCGGUCACGGACAGUCGACGAAGUAAAGUAAAAA